GGUGACAAAGGAUGCAAGUUGUAAUCAGAUGUUAAUUGAUGACCGUUGGCAGAUGAGUGAAUGAAGCCAUUAAUGAAGUUGGGUCUACUGGAAAGUCGGUUUUUCCUUUCAAUAAUUUAUUCAGUAACAGCGAUUAACAACAAACUUGUUCCAAAAUCCACAAGAUAAACAUGGAGACAAAAGAUGAACUUGCUCUGACCCAGAUGAGAAAAUCACUUGAACUCCUUGCUUCUUCUCCCAAGAAAUAUGGAGAUGAAACGUUGAAGCGGUUCUUGAUUGCAAGGUCAAUGGACCCGGAGAAGGCGGCAAAGAUGUUUGUGCAGUGGCAGAAAUGGAGAGCAGCUUUGGUUCCAAAUGGGUUCAUUUCUGAAUCCGAAGUUCCGGAUGAAUUGGAGGCAAGGAAGAUGUUUUUGCAGGGAUUGUCUAAAGAUCAAUUUCCAGUGUUGAUUUGCAAGGCUAGCAAGCAUUUUCCUGCUAAGGAUCCUAUUCAGCUUAAGAAGUUUGUGGUCUACCUGCUAGACAAAACGAUUGCCAGCUCAUUCAGAGGAAGAGAAAUUGGAAAUGAAAAGAUAGUUGCCAUUCUUGAUCUGCAACAGAUAUCUUACAAAAAUUUUGAUGUACGUGGACUGAUCACUGGAUUUCAAUUUUUGCAGGCUUACUACCCUGAACGCUUAGGAAAGCUUUACAUCUUACAUAUGCCACAAAUCUUUGUCAGUGUUUGGAGGAUGGUUUCUCGCUUCCUAGAGAAAGCAACGCUGGAGAAGAUCAUGAUUGUGACAAAUGAAGAAGAAAGAAAAGAUUUUGUUGAGGAAGUUGGUGAAGAAGUUUUACCAGAAGACUUUGGCGGUCGAGCAAAGCUUGUUGCUCUCCAAGACGUUACUUUACCACCACCAUUGAACGAUGAAUCCUCCAAAAUGGAAUGAGGCAGAUACCUAGUUCCAACUCCUAUGAAUGUUAGAUUGAUAAAUAAUACUGAUUCAAUACUGUUCCAUGAAUCUAGUUCAACUAAUAUGAGUGUCCUUGGCAUUUAUUUGCCUAAAUUACAAGAAAAAGAAAAAGUGAAGAAAAUUAGAAGAUAAAUAAAUGAAGACAAUGACUAGUUAUAUCC